AUGGCGGUCCCCGAACAUAUCCCCGGGCAGGAGUUUGACUAUGAAGCCCUCCCCUCCAACUACGGCCUCGGCCGGAAUAUGCUGGCUGGUGCCUUUGCAGGGAUAGCGGAACAUGCUGUCAUGUAUCCGGUGGACUUGCUGAAGCGACCUCGCGCGGGUUCCACAUUGACCGACACUAACGACGGAUUGCCUCGGCAGACUCGCAUGCAAGUCUUGCAUCCUACGACCGGUGGACUUUACACGGGUCUCACUAAUGCGGUUUCCACAAUUUACCGGAUUGAGGGCUGGCGGACACUAUGGAAGGGCGUGUCGAGUGUGAUUGUUGGUGCUGGUCCGGCCCACGCGGUGUACUUUGGCACGUAUGAGAUUGUGAAGGACCUGGCCGGAGGAAAUGUCGAUGACGGUCACCAUCCCGUCGCUGCCGCUCUGAGUGGUGCCUCUGCGACCAUUGCCAGUGAUGCUUUAAUGAAUCCUUUCGACGUGAUGAAGCAGCGUAUGCAAGUUCAUGGAUCGGUACACAAGAGUCUCCUCCAGUGCGCCCAGACCGUCUACCGAACGGAGGGGCUGCAGGCUUUCUACGUUUCCUACCCGACGACACUCUGUAUGACCGUCCCCUUCACUGCUACACAGUUCGUCGCAUAUGAGUCGCUCUCGAAGAUCAUGAACCCCUCCGGAGAUUACGACCCCUUUACCCAUUGCAUUGCCGGUGGUCUGGCAGGUGCUUUCGCGGCCGGUCUCACAACACCGCUCGACGUGGUGAAGACGCUCCUGCAGACCCGUGGGUUGGCGCAGAAUGAGGAGAUUCGGACCGCGAAGGGUCUCUUCAACGCCGCGGCCAUCAUCAAGCGUCAGUUCGGAUGGAGUGGUUUCCUCCGAGGCGCUCGCCCCCGUAUUAUAUCCACCAUGCCCAGCACGGCCAUAUGCUGGACCUCUUAUGAAAUGGCUAAGGCGUACUUCAAGGGCCUGGAGGCUGCCUAA